ACCAUCACCCCUCAACCAGACCAGAUGGUAUACUCAUUUUACAAUAUUUGUUUCACUAAAUAUACUAACCAGUCCUUCAAACGGUGAGCUUCUAUCAAAAUAGUCCGGAAGUGAUGGCAUCCUCUUCCUUCUACUCAUCCCACCACCAACGCCUCCUUUCCAUGACAAAACUCAUAACAUCCCACGUAAACCAAUCCCGCCACAAACAAGCUCUCUCAAUCUUCCACCACAUCCACACCACCUUACCCAUCCCCCUCGACCCACACGUCUUCACCCUCAUCCUCAAAUCCUGCACCGCCCUCCACCUCCCCCUCCUCGCCACCUCCAUCCACUCCCACCUCAUCAAAACCUCCUUCCUCACCUCCAACCACUUCCUCUCCUCCUCCCUCAUCAACUUCUACGGCCACUGCAUCUCCCUCAACUCCGCACGCAAACUGUUCGAGGAAACUCCUCAACCAAAUGUCGUCGUUUGGAACUCCAUCAUCGCACUCUACUCCCGUUCACAACACAUUACAUCUGCUAUUAAUCUCUUUCACCUCAUGAAUGUACCUCCCAAUGAAUCCACUUUCAACCCGAUUAUCGCCGCUUUAUCAUCUUCAUUAUCACCAAAUCAAAACAAUGCUUCGUUUCAAGCUGUGAACUUCUACCGGAAAAUGAUUGAGUUGAAACUAAAGCCAAGUUUGAUCACGCUUCUCGCCCUUCUACGCGCGUCUGUUUUGACUGCGGCUUUGAAUUUGAUUAAAGAGAUUCAUGGUUAUGGGAUAAGGAAUGAUAUUGAUUCAGAUCCUCAGUUGAGUAGUGGGUUGAUUGAAGCUUACGGUAGGUGUGGUUGUUUAACGAAUUCACGUAUAGUAUUUAUGAGGAUGAGGGAAUGCGAUAAAGAUGUAGUUGUUUGGAGUAGUUUGAUAUCUGCUUGUGCAUUGCAUGGGGAAGCUAGGGAAGCUUUGGAGAUUUUUCGAGAAAUGGAGGUUUCGGGUGUGAAGCCGGAUGGGAUUACUUUUCUUGGUGUUUUGAAAGCUUGUAGUCAUGCUGGGUUGGAUGACGAGGCGUUGGGUUGUUUCAUGAGGAUGGAUAGGGAUUAUGGCGUUGAGCCGAAUAGCGAGCAUUAUUCUUGUUUGGUUGAUGUUUUGAGUAGGGCGGGGAGAUUGUACGAAGCUUAUGGGGUUAUUAAAGGGAUGCCUGUGAAGGUGACUGCUAAGGCAUGGGGUGCUCUUCUUGGGGCUUGUAGGAAUUAUGGAGAGUUGGGGUUGGCUGAGAUUGCGGCCAGAGCUUUGGCUGAGAUUGAGCCGGAUAAUGCUGCGAAUUAUGUUCUGUUGGCUAAGAUUUAUGCUAGUGUUGGGAGACAGGAGGAGGCUGAUAGAAUGAUUAGGGGAAUGAAAGAGAAAGGAGUGAAGACUACGGGUGGUAGUAGCUGGGUUGUGUAUUCCGAGUCCCGGGAUUAACUGUGUUGGCUAAAUAUGAUUUUAAUUUGCAGUCAUGGCUGAGAUGCGGUUUUCAAAAUUGUUGUAAGUCGCUGACAAAUGUUGUUUGUGUGCCCCCGCAUUUGGAGUCUCAAAGUUCUCAAGAACUGUUGAUGUUUUGGCCACAUUGAUUGUUUUUUGCAGUGGAUGUGAAGGAAUGCAGAGAGAAAAUGUCGUGGCCAUGGAAACUAGCACGCCAACAAUUGUUUUUGCGGAUCAUAAUUUAAAAGAUAAAACUUACCUAGAGUAUUAUAGUUCUUGUUCUAAACUAAAAAGCACUAUUUUUAGGCAUAAAAAGUUUGGACAAUUAUGAGCACUGAGUAGCUAUGAGUGUUUAUUGUCAAGUUUAGUAGAGAACAACACCUAAGACUGAAGUGUUGUGUUUUGAAUGGAGGGGCAGAGGAUUGAACUUGAAAGCUUAUUGGUGAUUCGGGUCCCUUUGGAGAGGAUGAGGUUGACUUGUAGCUAACAGAGGCAGGUUCGACUCGGUACUUGCACUUCUUGUUAAUGUCCUUUUGAAUUUUCUGGUUCUAACACUUGACAUGACUUUGUUGUUUUAAGAUCUUAUCCCUCAUGUAUUGAUUGAUAUUUCUCAUGUAAUUUGUUUGAUUAUAAUGUACGGUAGACUUGAAUAAUGUUUAGUUAGCUUGUAUUGUAUAUGACCAAAGUCACUCUCGAUCUCACCGAGUUUAGGGAAAUGGAGAAUCAAGAAUGUGUUGAAACGUUUGAGAAAGUCACAUGGAAAAUUGAAAACUUCUCUCGCGUGAAAGCAAAAGAGAUUUAUUUGGAGCCUUUUGUACUUGGCGGGUAUCCAUGGAGAAUUAUUCCGUAUCCCCUGGGGAACAAUGUUGACGACAAUUACAGAAGAAUCUAACAAGGAGUUAUGUUCUGUUGGCUAAGAUUUAUGCUAGUGUGGGGAGACAGAAGGAGGCCGAUAGAAUGAUUAGGGAAAUGAAAGAGAAAGGAGUGAGACUAGGGGUGGUAGUAGCUGGUUGUGUAUUCCGACUUCCGAGUAUUGAGAUUAACUGUGUUUGUCAAACAUGAUUUUAAUUUGCAGUCAUGGUUGAGAUCCGGUUCUUAAAAUUGUUGUAAAUCGCAGACAAAUGUUGUUUGUGUGCCGCAAUUGGAGUUGCAAAGAUCUCAUGAACCAUUGAAGUUUUGGCCAUAGUGAUUAUUUUUUCGAGUGGAUGUGUGGACAUUAGAUAGUUUUGAAGCUACUACUCUGAGCUUCUAAAGGAAUGCAGAGCAAAAAUGUCAUGGCUAUGGAAACUAGCAUGCCACAAACUGUUUUUCGAUUGAGAUAGUCGGUGAAGUAUUGUGUCGGUGAAGUGUUGUGUUUUGAAUGGAGGAAUAGAGGAUUGAACUUGAAAGGAUAUUGGUGAUUCGGGUCUCUUUGGAGAGGAUGAGGUUGACUUGUAGCUAACAGAGGCAGGUUCGAUUUGGCACUUGCACUUUUUGUUAAGGUCAUUUGAAUUUUGCGGUUCUAACACUUGACAUGACUUUGCUGUUUUAAGAUUUCAUCCCUCAUGUAUUGAUUGAUAUUUCUCAUGUAAUUUGUUUGAUUUUUAUGUAUGGUAGAUUUGAAUAAUGUAUAGUUAGCUUGUACUAUAUAUGGUUUAGGAGUACUUUAAUAGUUUAUGUAAAUAUCAAUGUCCUAACUUCAAUCAUAUCUAUUAUAUUUAU